UUGCAAUUAUCACGCGACACCGGUUUGACCAAUAGAGCUCUUCAAUCAAAUCGACCAGAAACAACAUGGCGUCUAUCAUGACAAGCAAAUAUUCGCCGGCAAUUUCUUCAGAUUUUGCUUUUAAUAUGGAGAGGCCGGAUUGGUUAACUUCAGAAUUGACUACCGGGACAACUAUUGCAGCUAUAGAGUUUGAUGGUGGUGUUGUCAUUGGUGCAGAUUCCAGAACAACCUCGGGGGCUUACAUUGCCAACCGUGUGACAGACAAGCUCACCAAGGUGACUGACUACAUCUACUGCUGUCGCUCAGGUUCUGCUGCAGAUACACAGGCAGUGGCCGACAUCGUCAACUACCACCUCAACUUCUAUAAGAUGGAGAUGGGAGAGGAACCUCUGGUGAAGACUGCAGCCUCUGUGUUCAGGAAUCUUUGCUACAACAACAGGGACAGUCUCUCUGCAGGCAUCCUGGUUGCUGGCUGGGACAAACGCCAUGGUGGACAGGUGUACACCAUCCCCCUGGGAGGCAUGUGGAACAGGAUGCCGGUGGCUAUUGGAGGCUCAGGCAGCACCUAUUUGUACGGCUACGUGGACGCCAACUACAAGCCUGGCAUGAAGAAGGAUGACUGCAUCAAGUUUAUCGCUAACGCUGUAUCUCUGGCCAUUAACCGAGAUGGCAGUUCUGGCGGCGUGAUACGUCUUGCCUGUAUUACAAAGGAUGGAGUAGAGCGCCACACCCUCACUGGGGACGACCUGCCAAAGUUCUACGAGGAUAAAUAGUGGACAUGCCUGGAUUAUGUGUGUGUGUGUGGCGGGGAUGCGCCAUGAUGUACUGGAUGUCAUGUGGAGAUGUUGUAAAUGUGAAAUAUGAAUAUUGGAAUUAAGCUUAAGUGGAAUUUAAGGUGAAAGAGUGGUGCUUUGAGAUGUUAACAGCAAAAUUCAGUCACAAACAUUUUACAAAGUUUACCAACUGAUUUUUCUUUUCACAAAAAAGGUCAUCCCACAGGUACUUGAAAAAAAUUGUUUGGGUCCUUAUAUACAAAAUAAAAUAGAAGAUAUCCAAUGAUGCUUUCACAGGUGUAUUGAAUAACACUAUGCACUAGCACGGUGUUUAAUCAUAGAUUGACGCUUCUUUCUGACAACCACAACGUCAUAGUUGUGCAUUGUUUGAUUUUUCAUGCUGUUGCAUAGUGUUAUUCAAUACAUCUGUAAAAUCAUCGUUGGAUACCUUUUCUUUUAUUAUAUAUAUAUAUUAUUAGCUCACCUGAGCACAACGUGCUCAUGGUGAGCUUUUGUGAUCGCUUUUUGUCCGUUGUCCAUUGUGCGUUGUGCGGUGUCAACAUUUGCCUUGUUAACUCUCUAGAGGCCACAUUUAUUGUCCAAUCUUCAUUGUAUUUGGUCAGAUCAUUGGUUUCAAUGAUAUCUUGGAUGAGUUCGAAAAUGGUUAGGUUUGCUUGAAAAACAUGGCUGCCAAGGGGCGGGGCAUUUUUCCUAAUAUGGCUAUAUAUGGCUAUAGUAAAAUCUUGUUAACACUCUAGAGGCCACAUUUAUUGUCUGAUCUUCAUAAAACUUGGUCAAAAGAUUCAUCCUAAUAAUAUCUUGGAUGAGUUUGAAAAUGAUGCCGGUUGGUUGAAAAACAUUGCCGCCAGGGGGCGGGGCAUUUUUUUUCAUAUAUGGCUAUAGUAAAAUCAUGUUAACACUUUAGAGGCCACUUUUAUUUUCCGAUCUUUAUGAAACUUGCUCAGAAGAUUUGUCCCACUGAUAUCUUGGAUGAGUUCAAAAAUGGUAACCUUUGCUUGGAAAACAUGGUUGCCAAGGGGCGGGGCAUUUUUCCUUAUAUGGCUAUAUAAGGCUAUAGUAAUAUCUUGUUAAUACUCUAGAGGCCACAUUUAUAGUCCGAUAAUCAUGAAACUCAGUCAGAAGAUUCAUCUCAAUAAUAUCUUGGACGAGUUCAAAAAUGAUGCCGGUUGGUUGAAAAACAUUGCCACCACGGGGGCGGGGCUAUUUUCCUUUUAUGGCUAUAGUAAAACCUUGUUAACACUCUAGAGGUCACAUUUAUUUUCCGAUCAUCAUGAAACUUGGUCAGAAGAUUUGUCCCAAUGAUAUCUUGGAUGAGUUCGAAAAUGGUUUUGAUGCUUUAAAAACAUGGCCACCAGGGGCGGGGCAUUUUUCCUUAUAUGGCUAUAUAUGGCUAUAGUAAAACCUUGUUAACACUCUAGAGGCCACAUUUAUAGUCCAAUCUUCAUGAAAUUUGGUCAGAAGAUAGGUCUCAAUGGUAUCUUGGAUGAGUUCGAAAAUAAUUAUGUUUGCUUGAACAAAAAUGGCUUCCAAGGGGCGGGGCAUUUUUCCUUAUAUGGCUAUAGUAAAAUCUUGUUAACACUCUUAGAGGCCACAUUUACUGUCCGAUCUUCAUGAAACUUGGUCAGAAGAUUCAUCCCGAUAAUAUCUUGGACAAGUUCAAAAAUGAUGCCGGUUGGUUGAAAAACAUGGCUGCCAGGGGGCGGGGCAUUUUUCCUUAUAUUGCUAUAGUAAAACCUUGUUAACACUCUAGAGGCCACAUUUAUUUUCCGAUCUUCGUGAAACUUGGUCAGAAGAUUUGUCCCAAUAAUAUCUUGUUAUCUCAGGUGAGCGACUUUGGGCCUUUCAGGCCCUCUUGUAUAUUUAUAUAUAUAAGGACAAAUUAGUUUUUCAAGUACAUUGUACCUGUGGGUUACCCUACCAAGUUUCAGGCCACUCUUGGCAUUUUUAGUCUGGCUUAAUCCCUACAAAUGUUUUAUUUAUUAGUGUCCAAAGGCAUUUUUCCAGACCUGUUGUUUAAAAUAAAAAGGAUACAUUUUUGAAGUUUGUUAAGUACUGAGAUUUAAAUAGCGUUUAAGCAGAAAACAAUUUAACUUGGAAAUAGUUUAAACUAUGAUUGCUUGUGUUUGAUAAGUACAACUGAUACUUAUUUUCAUCUGACUUUGACAGACAAUAAGCUACAUUGUUGCACUUAUGCUGUUUAAAGAAGUGCUGGAUAUGGUUAAUAAAUGACUUAUUAUGAUAUAGUUUUGGUGUGUUCAUACAAUAUUGUUUUGAAAACCUUGCAAUGUAUGUUAUAGGAAACGUUUAUACCAGUUGUGAUUUUGAAAAGAAAUAGAGAUUUUCACAAAGAAUUACUAAAAACCAAAAAAAGAACCAUAAAUCUUUCUUUAAAAAAUGUGUUAACUAAACUAUGAUUGGACAAUAACAAAAGCCCAGUGCUGUCAUUGGCUACAAAUAUCGCACUUCAGACAAAUACAAAAUAAAUAACAUUGACAUCAUA